CCACGACAGAUAGAUCACGCCACCUUAUAGGAAUGUCGUCCGUCAGUGUUUACCGUCUCAGUUUUGUAUACUUCGCACUCCGAUGGUGCGUGGAGGUCACCUUGACAUACGUGACCAAUUGUAACAAUUAUUUUCCAACCUGUAACUCGCGACUCCUUCACGAGAGUCCGACUGACACACAACGACGGUCGCUCUCGCUCCGUCGCUUCUUGUACAUAAAGGCUACGAAUAUAAUUCGCCUUAAGGAAGCUGAAGUCUUAAUCAACACCCUUUAAACGCCCCCCGACAAGCCCGUUACAUUUGGUUGGCAGCGGUCACCCCGCGCCUGUGCCUUCGCUACCUCGUUCUCCUCCAAGCCACGAGAACUCACCAACAAACUCCGGGGACAGGCGUACAAGGGAAGAAUGAGUCAACGCACCUGCCAUCCGCGGCAACGCACCUGCCGUUCGCGGCAACGCACCUGCCGUCCGCGGCAACGCACCUGCCGUCCGCGGCAACGCACCUGCCGUUCGCGGCAACGCACUAGCCGUCCGCGGCAUCUCACAAGGCGCCAGCUACAAGCAUCUCACAAGGCGCCAGGUACGUGCAACUCACAAGGCGCCAGCUACAAGCAUCGCACAAGGCGCCAGCUACGUGCAACUCACAAGGCACCAGCUACAAGCAUCUCACAAGGCGCCAGCUACGUGCAACUCACAAGGCGCCAGCUACAGGCAUCUCACAAGGCGCCAGCUAUAAGCAACUCACAAGGCGCCAGCUAUACGUGCACCUCACCAGGCACCGGCUACAAGCAACUCUACAGGUGUCCAGCCUACAUGCCUACAGGCUCUACAGCCUCCGAGCCUCGAGCUCACCAGCAGCAACUCUACAGGCGUCCAGCCUACAAGCCUCGAGCACACCGGCUACAAGCAACUCUACAGGCGUCCAGCCUACAAGCCUACAGGCUCUACAGCCUACAAGCCUCGAGCACACCAGCAGCAACUCUACAGGCGUCCAGCCUACAAGCCUCGAGCACACCGGCUACAAGCAACUCUACAGGCGUCCAGCCUACAAGCCUACAGGCUCUACAGCCUCCGAGCCUCGAGCUCACCAGCAGCAACUCUACAGGCGUCCAGCCUACAAGCCUCGAGCACACCGGCUACAAGCAACUCUACAGGCGUCCAGCCUACAUGCCUACAGGCUCUACAGCCUCCAAGCCUCGAGCACACCAGCAGCAACUCUACAGGCGUCCAGCCUACAAGCCUCGAGCACACCGGCUACAAGCAACUCUACAGGCGUCCAGCCUACAAGCCUACAGGCUCUACAGCCUCGAAGCCUCGAGCACACCAGCAGCAACUCUACAGGCGUCCAGCCUACAAGCCUACAGGCUCUACAGCCUCCAAGCCUCGAGCACACCAGCAGCAACUCUACAGGCGUCCAGCCUACAAGCCUCGAGCACACCAGCUUCAAGCAGCUCUACAGGCGUCAAGCCUACAAGCCCCGAGCACACCCACAGGCCUACGCAGCCGAAAGCGAGGGCCACAAUCUACAAGCCGCUCCCCCGCUUCAAGCCAGCACUGCUACGAUACUUGCAAGCCACUCCACGAUACGGCAGAAGUAUUCACACCAGAAACGAGGAGGCACGCCCCGCUGACCUUGGGACACCCCACAUGCCCCUCGCUCCACAGCUGGCGGCAACACCGCCGCUGCCGGGAGCAUCGGCCCAAACCUCUUCCGGCAAACAGUCAGCAAGGGUACCCGCGGCCAUCUCCCGGUGACUGCAAGCUGUUCCCACUACCGUUUCUUGCAAGGCGUCUUCUCAAGAGGUUGCACACCCAAGUCGUCUUAUCUGCCACCGCCGCCCAUCUCUUACUAUAAUAACAAGGACGACGCGGCCAUCAUUCGUCUGGCGGCAGUGUGCCGGCUCCCAUCCGCGCAGCCGAAAUUGCUGGGUCAGCAGAUUUUCAACCGCCAUUACAAGUCCUCCGAUGUCAGCCCAUCCCUCACCUCUCACCGCCGCUGUGGCCGCGGCCGAGGUUUCCUGACGCGCCUACAACGACUGCACGUACCCCAGGGCAUCACAAGCCGUCGCCCUCUCCACUACAUCAGCUGAUUAAUCUUGGCCGCAGAAUUCGUUCACCCCCGGGUUCGUCUGCAUACUUACAACCCACUCAAGGUUCAAGGACACCCUCACCAGCAUCCCCUCGCACCAGCCGCAGUAUUACAGGCUCAAACCUCGGCAACAGACUGCGUGCCAAGGACCUUCGAGGGGGACAGCGUGGUAUGUGUGUGCAACUCUGAUUUCUGUGACUUGCCGGGGCAGAUCAGCGCCCCUGAACAAGGGUCCAACACACGGAUCACCUCCUCCAGGGAUGGGCUCUGGUUCGCCAUUGAGACCUCCCUCAACGAAGCUUCUGCAGCGGAUGGAGCCACCGUGGUGGUGAAUCUCGACCACACUCUCGAGUACCAGACAAUGUUCGGCUUCGGCGGUGCCUUCACGGACGCCACGGGAUUGAAUAUUCAGAAGCUGCCGGCGGAGGCGCAGGACUGGAUCAUGAAGUACGCCUGUGUGUUGUUGUUUUGAAUUACUUAGGCACAUAGCUGGGCACGAUAACAGAAAACCUUAUUCCCGAUAACCGAUAACUGAUAAACCUUAUCGGUUAUAACCGAUAUUCGUUAACUGGAGACACAAAUAUAGGCGAUAACCGAUAACCGAUAGCCGAUAUAAAUCCACAAUUCCGAUACUAGCUAGCGAUAAGUCAGAUAGGCGAAAACGAUACUAUAUUGAUAUUUCAAAUAAAAAAACAUAGAUGAAUUCAAACUCUCAUUAUCUGUAUUUUAGAAAACUUAUAAAACCUGAAAACCACACGUUGACACGUACAUAUGGACGGUAAUACUAGAAAUGCCUGAACCGGUGUUGUGUUAUUUGGCGUCCCCACCGUCAAAAGCUGGCGCUUUUGUUUACAAACACUGGUCUCUCGUGAAUUGCGCAUGCUCAGACCAGCAAGCGUAGACCUGUACAGUCUCACAAAGCUUUUUAACCGUAAUUAUGAGUUGCUAGAAGGCUGAAUCAGCAGAGCUGGGACUACCGAUUGACAUUUGGGAUCGGUACUACCGGCGGUAGAUUACUGCUACCGAUACCGAUCAUUCGGUAUUUUGAAGAAACUACCGAAUACCGCUACCGAUCGCAUGAUUGGCAGUCAAUCGGUAUCGGUAGAUUGAAAAAGCGAGCGCGGACUUUUUGUUAAGACUUAAGAGAAGACGACCCCGGCAAAAUGAAACGGACAAGUUUCAACACGUUCGAGCGCAUCUAUGAGAAGCAGUUAGCAGGAAAUUCCAGGUAUUACUUUGACGUCAUCACGCUUAGCCAAUCACCGGCCGUUCUGGGCGUUCUCAGCCAAUCAGAGGCAGCCACGACCUAGCAGAUUCUCGCUCCCGCCAAAAGUUUUGGCGGGAGCCCCACUCGUGUUUGGCCUGCCGACGCGAGUAGCCUACACCUACGCUCUAGCUCCGACGCUCGACAACGUGCUCAGCCUCAUCGCCUAGUGUUUUAAGUGGCAGUGUUUUUAAGUCCACCCGCCGCGGCAGCAGCACUUAAUCGUUUUGUGCUUUUAACUUUUCAAGUGAUUUUCCUUUUUUAAACUUUAUUUUACAUUAAAAAAGUUUUGAUCAAGUCAGUGAACUAUUUAAUCAUAUUGUUACGAACCAGAGGUUAGGAUAUGCUGUGUGUUGAGUGAGUGUUUUGUAUGUGGCGCGGCGGGGCCCGUGUGUAGGAGUGUGUGAACCCUGUAAGAGGGACGCGGCAGAGUGAGGCUAGUCACGUAAGCCAGUGUCACGU